AUGGAUGACGAUGAGAAGGACAGGGCAAAGAGGGCUUCACGCAACAAAUCUGAGAAGAAGCGAAGAGACCAGUUCAAUGUUCUCAUCAAAGAACUCAGUACAAUGCUCCAGGGGUCCACACACAAGAUGGACAAGUCUACUGUGCUGCAGAGGACAAUUGACUUCCUGCAGAAACAAAAAGAACUUUCCGCUCAGACAGAUGCUUGUGAGAUCAGACAGGACUGGAAGCCUUCUUUCCUUAGCAACGAAGAGUUCACACAGUUGAUGUUGGAGGCUUUAGAUGGAUUUCUCAUAGCACUUAGUGUCGAUGGAAACAUUAUUUAUACCUCUGACAGUGUUUCUUCCCUGCUUGGACAUUUACCGUCAGAUCUAGUGGACCAAAAUAUACUGAACUUCCUCCCAGAACAGGAGCAUGCAGAAGUAUUCAAGCUGCUAUCAAACCAGAUGCUGAUGACUGACCAGGUCUCUCAAGACUACUCCAACAGCAAUCAAAGUCACAUUGAAUUCUGCUGUCAUUUAUCAAGAGGGUCCUUAGAUCCAAAAGACACCCCCAUCUAUGAAUAUGUAAAAUUUGUGGGGAAUUUUAAAUUUUACAAUCUGGUGCCUACGUCAUCCUGCAACGGUUUUGAAUCAGCCAUUUCAAGGUCAUUUAGAUCCGCAGGAAAGGAACAAGUCUGCCUUGUGGCUACAGUACGUCUCGUUAUCCCACAGUUUUUAAAGGAAUUGUGCAAUGUUGAGGAGCCAUGUGAAGAAUUUACAUCCCGGCAUAGCUUAGAGUGGAAAUUUCUGUUCCUUGAUCACAGGGCUCCUCCUAUUAUAGGUUACCUCCCAUUCGAAGUGUUGGGGACGUCUGGCUAUGAUUACUACCAUGUUGACGACCUGGGACUUCUAGCAAGGUGCCAUGAACACCUGAUGCAGUUCGGCAAGGGCAAGUCUUGCUACUAUCGUUUCCUAACAAAGGGGCAACAGUGGAUUUGGCUGCAGACUCAGUAUUACAUCACCUUUCACCAGUGGAACUCCAAGCCUGAGUUCAUUGUUUGUACUCACAGCGUCGUCAGCUACGCCGAAGUCCGUGCAGAGAGACGGCAGGAACUAGGCCUCAAGGAAACUUCACCUGAGAUCCUGACUCCACCAGUCCUAAAGAUUCAGGACUGCCACAUGGAGAGCAGGCAAUGUGAGUGUGUCCAGGAUGUUUCCACCGAGAAGCUCAGUAGCAGUCGACCAUGCUCGGUGUCAUCUCCAAGCUCCUUCAAGUCCUCUCACGAUGCAUUGUCCGACACUCCCUCAACAGCAUCCAAGGUACGCACUGAAGCAAGCACGCCAUCAAGGCAAUCGGUGAACACUAGCUUACAGGACAAGCUUGCGCAGAGGUCACAGCCAAUCAGCACUCAGGCCACGUACCCACGCUCUGUACAGCUGGGUGUGAUGCACCAGCUGAAGGAGCAACUGGAGGAGAGGACGCGGAUCCUACAGGCCAAUAUCCAAACCCAACAGGAGGAGCUCCACCACAUCAAAGAACAGCUGCAGCUCGUGCAUGAUUCCAAUCUCCAGAUGCUGUUUCAGGAGCCCAUUUCCCUCGGGAUGAGCACGUCGGAGCACCAAGUUCAAGGACAGCAGCAGCAGCAGCCAGAUAUCAUCAUGCAGAAUUCAUUCCUACCCAACAAGCAAGUGCAAGCUCUUGUAGAACCUGAUGUUCAUGGCCAGCAGUUAUCUUCAUCCCAGCAACUCCUCAGGGAACCCAGUAUGAAAUCAGUACCGGGAAAGCAGCAGUUCAUGAAAGAAGGGCAAUUUCAACGAGCUAGUGUGCAAAUUCAGUCACCAAACAAUCUGGUUGCACCACUCUUCAGUAAUCCCAUGAUGUUUACUCAGACUACGACAGGGACUUUCCCAGUGUCACUGCCUUCUGACACCAGCCGAAGCCACUCAUGUGCUGACAAUGGGUCUGACCGGCAGCUAAGAUAUAUCCAAGAUCAACAGAUGCUGACAGCACUAACAAUGCAGCCAAUUAACUGUAGCACAGUCAUCUUGCCAUCUCCAAAUUCCAUGGCGCUCCAGUACCAAGGGUUCCCUCAACACCAGCAAGGCUCCGUCCCACAGCAGCAUGGCCAACAUUCCAUGACAGUCCAACAACAACACCAUUACCUUCAGCAAGUGGUGCCAAGUAGAAUGACGCAGGGCUGCCAGCCGCAGCCACUCUUCCUGCCCUCAGCUCAGCACGUGAACCUGGACUACCUCUCGCAACACCAUACCCGUGGAACACAGAGCAACGCAGGCACCCGCUCGGACUUGUCCCACAUCCAGCUGCCACGGUAA